GGGCCUCGGUCGGUGCCGCUGCAGUCUGGGGUAGGAGCGACCGAGUGGGAAUCCGAAAGCAGACAGACAGCGGCCAGCGAGCAGAGGAGGGAAUUCUCGUCUGAGAUCUCCUGAGCAGUCAUCAGCCAACACGUUCGCUCUGUAAUCUAUGAAUGUUGAAUUCGGAAAGGUUGCGGCGCAGAAAAGCAGGCUGAGUGGACUCAAGGAACUGCUCUAUCUGAACUGUGUUGACGGGCAGGAGGAUGGCAGACAGGAAUUGAGAGUCACAGAGGAAGGACAGGGGAGUCUGGCAUCUCAUUGGUGGCCUUCAAGGAUUGCUAUUUAUGUCAUUCAAGACCUACUAAGCAUCAUUUUUGCAUGACAACUGCAAAAAGAUAAGCAAGUUUGUUUUUGAAGUUUCUAACUUGGACACUGUUUUCAGAAAGCAGGGCAUUCUUUAAUGAAGAAACAUCACAGCUGCUAAACACAGUAGGUGGGACACAGGAUAUCCUAGUAACCAAGGAUGGCUUCCUCUUGGAAACUAAUUCUGUUUCUAUCAGUAGCCGGGUAUCUUUCAGAAUAUUCUGGAGCUCUUCCUAAUUUCCCUACUUCAUAUGCCACUUUGCUAAGAAUUAAAAAGAGUUCAUCUUCAUCUCUCUUUGGUUCAAAGACUAGACCUCGAUAUAACAAUCCUUCAUUAGGAACACUGAGUGUUUCUUCACCAAGCUGGCGAGGGACAGCUCAACAUUAUUAUUCCCCCAUCAAUCUUUAUCAUUCCUCAGAUGCCUUCAAACAAGAUGAAAGUGUGGACUAUGGGCCAGUGUUUGUACAAGAACCAGAUGAUAUAAUUUUCCCGACCGAUUCUGAUGAAAAGAAAGUAGCACUGAAUUGUGAAGCCCGUGGCAACCCAGUUCCCAAUUACAGGUGGCUUCGAAAUGGAACAGAAAUAGAUUUGGAAAGUGACUAUCGCUACAGUUUGAUAGACGGGACCUUCAUUAUAAGCAAUCCAAAUGAAGCAAAGGAUUCUGGUCAUUAUCAGUGUUUAGCAGCCAACACAUUUGGAAGUAUUCUUAGUAGAGAAGCCAUACUUCAAUUUGCCUAUCUGGGAAAUUUUAGUGGCCGGACAAGAAGUGCAGUCUCUGUGAGGGAAGGCCAGGGGGUUGUUCUGAUGUGCUCUCCUCCGCCUCAUUCACCAGAGAUCAUCUAUAGCUGGGUAUUUAAUGAGUUCCCUUCCUUUGUGGCGGAAGACAGCCGGCGGUUCAUUUCCCAGGAGACAGGCAACCUCUAUAUAUCUAAAGUCCAAACAUCAGAUGUUGGCAGCUAUAUUUGUCUGGUGAAAAACACAGUGACAAAUGCUCGAGUACUUAGUCCUCCAACACCACUCACUCUACGUAAUGAUGGUGUGAUGGGAGAAUAUGAGCCGAAAAUUGAGGUCCAUUUUCCUUUCACGGUUACAGCUGCUAAGGGAACAACUGUUAAGAUGGAAUGCUUUGCACUUGGCAACCCAGUUCCAACAAUCACAUGGAUGAAGGUUAAUGGUUAUAUUCCUAGUAAGGCACGUCUGCGGAAAUCUCAGGCAGUGCUGGAAAUACCCAACGUGCAGCUGGAUGAUGCAGGCCUAUAUGAGUGCAGAGCUGAAAAUUCACGUGGAAAAAACUCCUUCCGUGGACAAUUACAAGUAUACACUUAUCCACACUGGGUAGAAAAACUGAAUGACACUCAGUUGGACAGUGGGAGCCCUCUCCGAUGGGAAUGUAAGGCUACUGGAAAACCCCGACCCACAUACCGUUGGCUGAAGAAUGGAGUGUCCCUCUUGCCUCAGAAUAGGAUUGAGAUGGUUAAUGGAGUAUUGAUGAUCCACAACGUGAAUCAAUCAGAUGCUGGAAUGUAUCAGUGUUUGGCCGAAAAUAAAUACGGAGCCAUUUUUGCGAGUGCUGAGCUGAAGAUUCUAGCUUCAGCUCCUACUUUUGCACUGAAUCAAAUGAAGAAAACAAUAAUUAUUACCAAAGACCAAGAAGUCAUCAUAGAGUGCAAACCCCAAGGCUCUCCAAAACCAACCAUUUCUUGGAAGAAGGGAGACAAAGCAGUUAGAGAGAAUAAAAGAAUAGCUAUUCUUCCAGACGGAAGUCUACGGAUCCUAAAUGCUUCUAAAUCAGAUGAGGGAAAGUACGUUUGCCAAGGGGAAAAUGUCUUUGGUUCUGCUGAAACCAUAGCUUCAGUAUCUGUAAAAGAACCUACAAGAAUAGAACUUACUCCUAAAAGAACAGAGUUAACAGUGGGAGAAAGCAUUGUCCUUAAUUGCAAAGCAAUUCAUGAUGCUAGUUUGGAUGUCACUUUCUACUGGACACUAAAAGGACAGCCUAUUGAUUUUGAGAAAGAAGGUGGACAUUUUGAAAGCAUCAGGGCCCAAGCAUCCUCUGCAGAUUUAAUGAUCAGGAACAUCCUUCUGAUGCAUGCUGGGAGAUAUGGCUGCAGGGUACAGACCACAGCAGACAGUGUGUCAGAUGAGGCAGAACUUCUUGUUAGGGGUCCCCCAGGCCCACCAGGGAUAGUGAUUGUUGAAGACAUCACGGAAAGCACAGCCACACUCUCCUGGAGUCCUGCAUCUGACAACCACAGUCCAAUCUCCUCCUACAACCUGCAGGCUCGCAGCCCAUUUUCGCUGGGCUGGCAAACAGUAAAAACAAUCCCAGAAAUCAUAACAGGUGACAUGGAGUCAGCCAUGGCAGUGGACCUUAACCCCUGGGUGGAAUAUGAAUUUAGAGUGGUGGCUACCAAUCCAAUUGGGACUGGAGAUCCAAGCACCCCAUCUCGAAUGAUCCGUACAAAUGAAGCAGUUCCAAAGACAGCACCCACCAAUGUAAGUGGAAGAAGUGGAAGAAGGCAUGAGUUAGUCAUAGCCUGGGAGCCAGUAUCUGAAGAGUUUCAGAAUGGGGAAGGCUUUGGCUAUAUUGUAGCUUUCAGGCCCAAUGGAACACGUGGCUGGAAGGAAAAAAUGGUGACAUCCUCUGAAGCUUCAAAAUUCAUUUAUCGGGAUGAAAGUGUUCCUCCUCUUACUCCCUUUGAAGUGAAGGUUGGAGUUUAUAACAAUAAAGGAGAUGGACCUUUCAGUCAGAUUGUGGUUAUCUGUUCAGCUGAAGGAGAACCCAGUGCUGCUCCCACAGAUGUCAAGGCUACAAGUGUGUCUGUGUCAGAGAUUCUUGUUGCAUGGAAACAUAUUAAAGAAAGUCUAGGAAGACCACAGGGAUUUGAGGUUGGUUAUUGGAAAGACAUGGAACAAGAAGAUGCAGCAGAAACAGUCAAAACUAGAGGAAAUGAGUCAUCUGUCAUUCUAACAGGAUUAGAAGGAAAUACUUUAUAUCACUUCAGAGUGAGGGCUUAUAAUGGUGCUGGAUAUGGGCCACCUAGCAGUGAAGUGAGUGCAACCACCAAGAAAUCCCCCCCUAGUCAAGCACCUAGCAAUCUCAGGUGGGAACAGCAAGGUUCUCAACUUUCUCUUGGCUGGGAACCUGUCAGACCAUUAGCCAACGAAUCUGAAGUCAUGGGCUACAAGGUUUUUUACAGGCAAGAGGGGCACAGCAACAGUCAAGUUAUUGAAACACAGAAACCUCAAGCAGUAGUACCUCUCCCUGAUGCUGGAGUCUAUAUUAUUGAAGUUCGAGCAUACAGUGAAGGAGGGGAUGGAACGGCUAGUUCCCAAAUCAGGGUGCCAUCCUAUUCAGGUGGGAAAAUCACUAGUGCUCAAUCGACCCUCCACACACUCUCUCCAUCUUCAUCAUCGGUAACAAUACUCUUGGCAUUGAUGAUUCCCUCAACCUCUUGGUGAAAACUGCAGCUUAAUUUGCUUUGCUUUGCUUUAGCGUGAAAAUAGCGGUGAAUAGAGUAUAGUGUAAGUGGAGACCCAGGACCCUGAGAUGAGCUUUAAAAUUUUGGGACUGCACAUGGUGCACUUACAAGAGGUUGGGGGGGGAAUAUGACUUAUCCAUCAGGUUUCUCUUUGAUUUUGUAAAUGGAGAGGACAGUUCUUGGUCCAAUAAAAAUAUGCAGAUUGUAUGUAAUGAAUUUUUUUUGUAAGUAAAAGUAAUUUCUGUCAAAUGUAUUCUUUACUUUUUUAAUAUGUUGGAAUUUGAUUUUAUAUCUGAUGAUCCUGAAUGUGUGCCAUCCAUUUGUUAAUUAAGUGGUCUCUAGCAGAUCUGUUUCAAACACAAAUACAAAAAAAAAAACUGAGAAUGAAAAGUUUGCUGAAGACUCUGCAACUAUCAUUUUUCCUUUGGCUAACUACCCCAAUUGACAAACUGGUAGAAGAUAUGAAAAAAAUAACUCAGUUGUGUGAUCCAUUAUAGGAUAAGUACACAAAAAUUUUCUCAAAAAAUUAUUAGUUACUGCAUAGAAAAAUAGCAAAAUUUGUCAAUAUGCUAUUCUAUAUGCAUCCCUAGGGCAAAUUAUUAGGGUAGGGAAUAAGCCAUUUACAUUAGCGCAAGGUAAAUAGAAAGUGAUUCCAAAUGAAUUUAAGUGCUAUUGUUUUUCAUUAAUUACUAUGUUAUCCAGCUGCAAAUAUAGUGUUUAUUUUAGUUACAAAAAAGAUUAAAGUCACAUGCACAAAUAUGGCCACUAAAAACGGCAGACACUAAUAUGCUGCCAAAGGUGCUAACUUGAAAAAAAAUGAAUACAGGACACAGCUUUCCCAUUUCCCUACCUAUUGCCAAAACAGAUGUUGAAUUAGGUCCAGGGCUUUCUUCUAAUUGUCACCAAUUUUAAGGACAAUCAAAAUUUGUUGUGCAAAUAAUUAUGCAUACAGUUAGUCUGUGGAUUAAAAUGGUUCAAGCGUAACAAAUAAAUUUUUUAUUUUUAAUAUACUUCCAUGCAUCACAUACCACUUAUAAAAUAUUAGCAACUACUAAAAUAAAAAGAACAUCUUGAAUAAAUUGAUCUUUGAAUUAAGCUGUGGAAAUACGGCCUCAGUAUAAGGGCUCAGCUAGUCUAACUAGCCAUACACUGCUUGGGAAAUCAUCCCCAUUUGCAAUUUUGGGGAGUUACCUUGAAUGGAAGUGACCCUAGAGAGUUUGAAAUUGUAGUGAAAGUUUUCUACUUGAUGAUAAUCAUAUAGAAGUUCCAACUGAUAUAAGAAUAUACCACAGUUCACCUAAUACCCAAGAAGAUGCCUGAAGGGAUAGUUAUUGCAAAGUCAAAUGCCAAAAAAAGAGCUUGAAGAAACUAGUUUUGCAGAUGAUGUUAAUAUAAAAGAAAAGUAGUUUCUUUUAUUUUAUAAAAUCUAAGCCUGUUAAUUCUGUUUGUACCAUCCAUAACAGCAAGCAAAAUGAAGCAUUAAUAAAUUCACACUGCUGGCUCUAGAGGUUAAUCUUUACAGAAUCAGGAUAUAUUGGAAUUGUUGUUUUGAACAUCCUAAAAGAUUGGGUUCAGAGCCAUAGCACAACUAUUUAAGUUGCUUACUCAUUCUCUUCGGGGGGGGAAUUAUAUCCAAGACACCCCUAAACAAACAAGAAGUGAUUUACAAGACUAUUUUAGUUAACUGAUUACUACAGUAAAUGACUACAGAUGGUGAAUAUUAAAGCCUGUGAAUUAUAACAACCAAGUGGCCUUCUUUCAGUACCUCUUUGGAGUGGGACAGGCUGGACUUUGCAAAUAGAGGAAUGCAAACUGUUUAGCAAGUAAAAAUAUAAAUAUAUAACUCUCAUGAAUAUAGUGUAGCUUGCAGGAACAAAUUUUGCAUCUGAAAAAAAAGAUGCAGCAAGAAUAUAAGAGAAUGGGCAAUAAUUUCUAUUCCAUAUUGAUUAAUCAAAUAAUUUUCUUUAUUUUCUGUGAUGUUUUAUACUAGAUUUAGUGAAGGACUUUAAGAAUUAAGUUAUUACUGAAACUCUUAUAAAAUGAAGUCCAGUAAAAUAUGUCAGUUUGUGGCAAAUUAAAAUUAACCAAUGUUUUCAACUAGCUGAUGGAUGGUACACAUCUGAUAGAAUAUUUACAAGUAGAAUGUCUGAUGUAUUCUUACAGGAAUUGGAGAUAAGGGAUGUUUUUACUCAACCUGCAAAGAAUAUGUAUUUUGCAUCAUAAACUAUAAAAAACACAAGUUUUAAAUGUUUAUGUUAUGUUUUUCUGUAUUACAUACUUGUUACUUUGUAGAAAACAGAACAGCAUUCCUUAUCAAGGUACAUUAUUUUUCAGCUGCAGUACUGAGUGAGCUUUUUCUUGGAUGGGAUAAUAACCGCACAGUCUUAAGUCACUAAAGAGACUGUAUUUUUGUAUAAUGACAGUUGAACUAUGAAGGAAAAAACACUUCAUAAAUAAAAAUUUCAUGAAAGUAAAUGUUUUGCAUACCCAAAAUAAGGUACUGUGGACUCCAUGUCAAACCGUUAAAUAUAUUGUAUACAAUCUGUAUAUAUACUAUAUAUAAUGGUAUAUAUCAUGUGGAAGGCACAGUCAGAUAAUAGUUCUGUGUACUGUUCUUGUAACACUAGAUCUUUUUAAUAAAUAAUUCUCUUUUUAUUGACUUUUAUCUU